AUGUCAGGCAUCGACAACGCCCCUCCACCCACACCCGAGUCAGUCACUUUCUACAUCAAGCGUUUUCCCUUGCACGAUCUCAAAUACGAAACGGACAGCAAGAGCACACGAAAGCGCACCCGCGACACCUACCGCAUAUGGCAAAACCUUGAAGAGAAAGGUAUCAGAGUCGUCCAUGACGGAACUCUGAACGGAAGAAUUCGUGAAUCUCUCGACUCUCAGAAAGCGUCGCUGGAGGGGAAUGGAGUCACUCCCUCCAUGGAAUCACUUCUGGAAGCGGGACGGGAUCAAGCUCAAAGACGCACUAUUUGUUCUGAGAAUGACCUAUGUGGUGUCAUGCUCACAAACUUCUUCGAUCGCUCUACCGACGCCAUCAAUGCCGGGCUUCCCGAACACCUCCAUGGCGAGUGGCGGCAGUGCCCAGACAAGAAGGGGAGCGGCCGCACUGAUUUUGUCUUCCGGCUCGGCAACGGUCAUAUCAUUGCUAUCGUCGAGGUCAAGCUGCGCACCGUUCUAACGACAGCUGGCGACGAUGCGCUGUCUCAGACCGAUGACCGUGACCACCCGGUUGAAAUGACACCUCGUUCAAUGACGCAAGGUGAUACAGCUGGGAGGGAAGGGGCUCAAAGCGCCGCAAGGGUGGCUCAAAGCGACGCAAGGGAGGCUCAAAGCGACUCAAGUGAGGCUCAAGGCGACUCAAGUGACAGCGACCCGUCCCAGGCAGAUCAGAAGGACAGUGAUUAUGUGCCCAGCGACGAGGAGGAGCCGGAUGAGCAAAUCCACAUGCAUUUGUCGCUGAGGUUGGAGGAACUGUUGCGCGAGUGCAAGCAGGAUCAGGGCUUGAAGCUCAUUCUGGCUGAAAGGGAAGUGAAAGGUGGUGAAGCCGAGCUCGCCUUGCGCAUUGUCGACCAAGAGGGGGAGAUCGUGAAGAACAUGACGCACUGGGCAAUGGGUUUGUCCCAGCUCUGGGAACAACUUGACCGCUACAAUCUCGAGUUCGUCAUACUCACCUCUUACGACGUUUGGAUUCCUUUCCAGCGCGAUCGCCAAUUCGAGAACCUGCUUCGUAUGGGUGACCCAAUCCAUAGGAAGGCGCCCGGAACUGCGACCGAGUCCGGCAAGAUGUCGCCUAUGGAGCUUGCGGUGGCUUCGGUGAUUGGGAUUAAACCCGCACCCCCACUCGGACGUACAUUCCUACCUCUACCUCGCUGGCCUUUGUCCGAAGCUUUCGCGAACGAUUCAACGCAGAAAAACCAGAACAAGAGGGGGGCAGGGGCAUCGGGAUCGAGGGGCACGAAGCGUGGAUACGACGAAGUUGGCGGCGCUGGCGGCGCUGGAAGUGACAAUGCUAUUGAUGGAGACGGAAACGUCCCGAGGGAUCAACUUGUUACCGUCACUCUGCAGGUUUCUGUGCCCAACCAUCGCUCCCCUGACGCUCUUCACGUCUUUAAGCAACGCAACCUGGAUAAUGGCUACAUGACCGGUCGCCUGUCCCCCUCCGUCAUUGCAUCCUUAACCGACAACGACAGCAUCCACUUGGGACUGCCUACUUCCGAGCUUAAAGCCCACCUCGCCCUCGGCAGCUAUAUCAGCUCUGGGCGCCUGUGGGACGUCUACCACUCCGUCCUCACCGUCGAAGGCCGUGAGAGCAAGCAGCUCGUCGCCAAGGUCAUGGUCCCUGAUACCUAUGAUGAUGGAGAUGAAGAUUACAAGGAGUUUUUUGAAAAUUCCAAAGAGGCAGUGGCUGCAUAUCGUCUGGAGGCGGCGCUGUACCGUGGCCCCCUCGCAAGCCUACAAGGAGGCGCUGUCCCCGCAUCGUAUGGCUCGUUCAGUGGUGCAAUGUCUCUCGCGCUUGUCUCUGGGGGCUACCCAUUGCACAUCGAAUUGAUGGAGGAUGUCGGGGUGCCAGCCGCUGGAGAGGGUAAGCUGCGUGAUCUGCCUUUGCAGGAUAGACAGGCUAUCCGACACCUCUACCGCCAAAUCCAUGCGGUGCGCGUUCUUCACAUCGACAUAGAGCCACGCCACAUUCGCCGACGCGCCGACGGCCGCUUUGCUCUUAUCGACUUUGACGCCUCUUGCUCGGUGGAGGAGGGUCCCGAGGGCGACCGAAGGCUGGCGUCCGAGGGGCGCCGGGUAGCGGCCAUCCUUGGGUUGAAAGAUCGUGUUGUGGGAAAGGCAGAGUCUCGCCAUCUUCAGGGGCCACAGAUGGUAGCCGACCUUGGGGCGGUUGGCCGGGGCAUCCAGAUUGUAUAG